AUGCCAGACCUAAAAGCAUAUCUCGCUGACAAGUACAUGUCAGGUCCGAAAAGGGAUGCUAUUCUAGCUCGUAGCGCAGAUCCAACGAUAAAGAAGAAGAAGAAGAAGCCGAAGAAUGAGGACUAUAUAGGAGGGUCGAAGGGUGAAAGCAGUGGUGGAUUGUUAUUGAAAGAUGAGGAUGAAUGGAUAGUGAAAGAUGAGGAUGACGAUAUGGAAGAUGGAGAUUCACCUCUCAUCGGUAAAGAUUUAGCUACUUUUCAAAAAUCAAAAUCAUCUUGGGCAACAGUUGGAUCUACAUCUUUACCUGUGCCUAAAUCCAAUAAUGGAGGGCCUUCAACAUCAACGUCACCUCCACCAAAGAUCAAGCCAGAUCCUGAUGCUCCUUCCGCUGCUCCAGUGCAAAUAACAAAGAGAAAAGGAGGUCUGAGGACCGCCGCACAAAUGAGGGAAGAAGCUGAAAGAGCUGAAGCUGCACGUUCACCUUCACCACCUCCUGACGAAAACGAUCCGAGUCACAAUGAGACCGUACAUCGUGAUGCAAGCGGUAGAAUAAUAGAUGUCGCCAAGCUGAAGGAGGAAGAACGACAACGAGAAGAAGCUGAGAAAAGGAAAGAACUGGAAAGAAAAGAAUGGACAAAAGGUUUAGUGCAACGUCAAGCUAGAGAAACUAGAGCAAAGGAAGAAAGGGAGAUGGGUCAAAGAGCAGAUGUCGGAAUCUCAAGAGAUGAUCAUAGAAUGAAUAAUGAAAUGAGAGAAGUUGAGAGAUGGAAUGAUCCCGCUGCUGGCUUUUUGACUAAAAAGAAAUCCAAAGGGCCCAGACGACCAAAAUAUGCAGGUCCGUGGGCACCAAAUAGGUUUGGUAUACCGCCUGGCUUCAGAUGGGAUGGUGUAGACCGAUCCAACGGAUUUGAGAAGAAGUACUUUCAAGCUCAAAAUUCUGCUGUGCGAAAGGAAUAUGAACAGAAUCAAUGGAGUGUUGAAGAUAUGUAG